AUGGGUGCGGCCACCAGCUACCAGCCCCACCGGGUGCUGCUGCUCGGUAUCGACGGCUCUGGCAAGAGCUCUAUCGCUGCGCGCGUGUGCGGCGAGGACGUGCGCACGACGCUGCCCUCUCGUGGCGUCGCUUCACGCUCUGUCGCCGUCGGCGGAACCCCUCUUGAGCUUGUCGAUGUCGGUGGUGCAAAGGACUUGCGGCAGUACUGGGCCAGCUACGCCGGCGGACGGAGCGCGGGCGCGGGUGAGGCGCAGCUCGCGGGGCGCAUUCCGCCGCUGCUGCGCGGCGUCACCAUCCUCUACGUGAUUGAUGCCUGUGACCGGCGACGGCUCCUCGAGGCGGCGCGGGAAUUGCAGGCCGUGCUGGACAACCCGGUGUUCGGCGGUGCGCCCCUGCUCGUGGUCGCAAAUAAGCAAGAUCGGGCCAGCGCGGCGCCCGCGCCCGAAAUCGAGGCAGCUCUCUACCUCAACACAGUCCGCGAUCGCCACUGCCAGUGCAUCGGUGUCUCGGCACUCCGCGGAGACGGCCUGGCCCAGGCACUCGAGUGGUGCGCCGCAUCCUCCCGGCGCGCAGAGCAGGGCGAUGCGCCCACAUCGGCGGAGGACCCCCCUUCCCUCGGCGCGCGCUUCCGGAAGGCGCUUCCCUUUGCAAAAGGCGCCGCGGACGACGACGACGGACAUGAUGGGCGACCGAAGCGGGCAGUGGCGGGCGAGCAAGGCGGGAACAGGGACGGAAGUGAGGGUGGUGGAGCGACGGCAGUAGAACACCCUGAGGCUGAGCAGGCGGACGACACGCGUGCGGCCCAGGCGACACGGCGGCAACGGCGGCGGCAGGGCAGCCUGGACGUGGGAGAAGAGCCGAGGGUGGAUGCGGACCAAGGCACGCCCGAGAAGCCGGUCGCGGACGCGGUCAAAGCACAGGCGGUGCACAGCGAAGCAGAGGCGGCGCAGGCCGCGAAGGCCCGACGCGACGAGCGGCGACGGAGAGCCACCGGGUCAGAUUCCCGCUGA